AUGGAGAAUUCAAGCCAUUCUACUUCCAUGGUGGAAGACCCAGCGUCUCCUCCUGCUAGAAUGGGAGGAUGGAGAGCCAUAAUGUUCAUAAUAGGGAACGAAUCUUUCGAGAAAUUGGCUUCCAUGAGUCUGAUUGCCAAUAUUGCAGUGUAUCUGAGAACGGAAUACAAUAUGGGAGGUGUCACUGUUGUCAAUGUGGUUAAUAUCUGGUCUGGCUCCUCCAACAUUACUGGUAUAGCUGGUGCCCUUCUUGCUGAUUCUUAUCUGGGCAAGUUUCUUACCCUCCUCUUCGGCUCCAUGGCAUCAUUUCUGGGCAUGGUUACAAUGACACUGACUGCUGGUGUAGCUCGUUUUAGACCGUCAGCUUGUCAAGGUGAAUCCUUUUGCCCUCAACCUCAAGGCUGGCAACUUGCUAUCAUUUUUGCAGGCCUUGGCAUGUUAUCAAUAGGAGCAGGAGGCAUAAGGCCCUGCAACAUUUCCUUUGGUGCUGAUCAAUUCGACACUUCUACAGAGAAAGGAAGACAACAACUAGCGACUUUUUUCAAUUGGUGGUACUUAUCCUUUACUGUUGCCCUCGUUGUAGCCCUCACUGCAGUUGUCUACAUUCAAACCAAUGUCAGCUGGGUUAUAGGCUUUGCGAUCCCAACAGCUUGCCUUGCUUUGUCCAUUACUAUUUUCUUGAUUGGCUACAAAACUUACGUUUUAGUGAAGCCUCAAGGAAGUAUAUUUGGGGACAUACUCAAGGUGAUUGUUGCUGCAUGUAAGAAGCGUCGCUUUACCAUUGCAUCAGGUUGUGAUUACCCUUUUUAUGAUCCUCCUCUGACAGGACCAAAUCCUUCUGCAAUGAAGCUCCCACACACUGAUAGGUUCAAGUUCCUUGAUAAGGCUUCUAUAAUCACCGAUCCAAGUGAAUUGGACAAUCAUGGUAUGGCUAAGAAUGCUUGGAGACUAUGUAGUUUGCAAACAGUGGAGCAACUGAAAUGCUUAGUGGCAAUUUUGCCUGUUUGGGCAUCAGGAAUUGUUUAUUCCAUAAUUAUGGACCAUUGUACUACAUUUGGCAUCCUUCAAGCACUUCAGACGAGCAACUCAAUUGGUUCACAUUUCAAAAUUCCGCCAGGCUGGAUUAACCUUGUGCCAAUGCUUGCACUUGCGGUAUGGAUCUUGAUAUACGAGUGUAUUUACAUCCCUCUGGCACGGAAAAUAACCAAAAAGGAUAAAAGAUUGACAAUUAAACAAAGACUUGCAACUGGUUUAGUGAUGUCAAUUCUAUGCAUGCUGGUUUCUGGGAUAGCAGAGAAAAAAAGGCGAGAUUCAGCUUUGAAACAUGGUUCAUUUGCCUCACCCUAUAGUCUUGCAUUGCUGUUGCCGCAGUUUGUCAUAGCAGGUUUGGCAGAAGCAUUUGCUGCUGUGGCUCUAUUGGAAUUCUUGACCACGCGAAUGCCGGAAAGCAUGAGGACGGUUGCAGGUGCAAUAUUCUUCCUCGGCAUAUCCAUAGCAGGCUACCUAAGUUCCCUCCUUGUCACAAUUAUUCACAGUAUAACCGAGAAGACGGGCAAAACACCCUGGUUGGGUGGCCGUGAUCUUAACAAAAACAAGCUUGAUCUCUAUUACUACGUCAUAGCUGGUCUGGGAGUUGCAAACUUGUUCUACUUCUUUUUCUUUGCCUCCCAUUAUGUGAUAAAUACAGUGUGA